AUGUAUCAAGCCAGCAAUGUCUACUUCAUCUGCGGCUUUGCCGCUAUAGGAGGAGCUCUCUUCGGUUUCGAUAUCUCGUCCAUGUCUGGUGUGCUCGGAACCCAGGCCUACACCCGUUAUUUCAACAACCCCCAGGCGUUUGGCUACACCCAAGGAGCCAUCACCGCCUCGAUGCCCGCCGGCAGUCUCGUCGGAUCUCUUAGCAGCUCGUUCCUUGCCGAUAGAUUCUCCCGGAAGAUGGCUCUCCAGGUGGCUUGCAUCCUGUGGAUCAUCGGUGCCAUCAUACAAUGUGCUGCUAUAGACCGCGGAAUGCUGUGCGCCGGGCGUGUCGUCGGAGGCAUGGCCAUUGGUAUCGCAUCCAGCGUCGUACCCGUUUACCAGAGCGAGAUUGCUCCCAGGGAAAUUCGUGGCCGUGUGGUCUCGUUGCAGCAGUGGGCCAUUACCUGGGGUAUCUUGAUUCAAUACUUCAUUCAGUAUGGUGCCUCAAAUGUCGGAGGUGGUCCCAACGAUCCCGAUCAGCCAGAGUCUGCCUUCCGAAUUCCCUGGGGCGUACAAAUGGUCCCAGCAGUCAUUCUAUUCGUAGGACUCUUUUUCUUCCCUUACAGCCCGCGUUGGCUCGCCUCGAAAGAUCGCUGGGAGGAGGCACUCGACGUCUUGGCUCGCACAAUCGGCAACGGUGACCGUAACCACCCGAAGGUUCUCGCGCAAUACCAGGAGAUCGAGGAUGCCUUGAAGUUCGAUCGUGAGCAGGCUAUCAGCAGUUACAAGGCAUUGGUGGCCCAUGGAAUGUUCAAGCGUGUCUUCUUGGGCAUGAGCGUCCAAGCUUGGUCCCAGCUUUGCGGCAUGAACAUCAUGAUGUACUAUAUCGUCUAUAUCAUGCAGGGAGCUGGCAUCGGAUCUCCGCUCCUCACCGCAUCGAUUCAGUACGUUAUCAAUGUGGUCAUGACUCUUCCAGCCAUCGUCUACCUGGACAGGUUCGGGCGUCGACCAGCAUUGAUCAUCGGCUCCUUCUUGAUGAUGACGUGGCUGUUCAUCAGCGGAGCUCUGCAACAGUACUAUGGCCAGCCCAACACCGCCGAGACCCGCACUGUCGAGAACGAGAACAUCACCUGGAUCAUCCUCAACAACCGCCCCGUCUCCAGCGCCGUCAUUUCAUGCUCAUACCUGUUCGUCGCCAGCUUCGCCACCACCUGGGGUCCAGUGUCCUGGACCUAUCCGGCCGAGAUCUUCCCCAGCAAGAUCAGGGCCAAGGCCGUCAGCCUGACAACCGCGACGAACUGGUUCUUCAACAUGGUGCUCGCCUUCGCAGUGCCGCCUUUGCUCUGGAACAUCUCUUAUAACAUGUACUACAUCUUCGGAGCCUUCAAUGCUGCCGCAUUCAUUCAUAUGAUUUUGAUGGCGCCAGAGACCAAGGGCUUCACACUGGAGGAGAUGGAUGACGUUUUCAACUCCGGCAUCCCCGCUUGGAGGACAUCAGGAAAGAGCAGCAGGCUCGAUCAGCUUGAGAAAGAGAUCCAGGAGGGCAAUCUGAAGGUUGCACCUAAGACUGAAACAGUUGCGAAGGAGGAUACCUUGGAGCAGACUGAGAAGGUUUGA